UCUUUGCUUUCUGUCUACGUCUUCCUUUUUAGCUAUGUUUGCAAGCGUUGGUGGUUUUGCAAAAACAAACCCAAACGGAAAACAGCUCACUGAUUUCAGAAACAAAAUCCAAAUACAACGAAAAAUUCCUUACUAAAAAAAACACCAGAAAAACUAAAAACAAAAAUCGAAAACGAACCCAAAAUUUCCAAUCAGUUUUUCUCCUCACCUACCAACCUUUGUCUUUUUACCAAUAUUUAUCCACCUCCACCGCCCCUAUAACCGACCCAAAUUCUGCCUGGAAUCACUGUUUUCUGAUUCUCAAUUAUCUCUUAAGGAGGAGGAAGAGAAAGCUCAUAAGAAAUUGAAUUUUGGCGGUGGGUUUUGCGAAGCUUGAUUCUGGGUCAAUGGCGGAUUACGGGAAGAAGCUCGUAUCAUCGGAGAAACCCAGGUUCUCCUUCUUCAAUCGCUCGCUUUCCAUGUACCCGCCGGCUCCGGCGGCGAUGGCCACCUCCAUUGACUCUCCCCUGAAGCCUUCUCUCCCCCAAACCCCCACUCUCGAACGAACCAGCUCCUUCUCGAAAUUCUACAAUUCGAUGGAGUCCGUACGGUCGACGAGUAAUUCGAUCAAAGGGAAGGUGAAGAAGCUCUGCAGUAUCUUCGAGACGACGUCGAAGCCCGCUUUGACGGCGCCUCCGAGCCCGUCGGACGAACAGCCGAAUUCCCAAAUUCAAUCCAAGCUAAAACCCUCGAAAUCGAUCGGUUCCGAUUACCGACUCUCCCCAUUGAACAGCUCCACGCUUCGAUUGCCUGGAACCGAGGACCGAAUCGUCGUCUAUCUAACUAGCUUGCGAGGGAUUCGAAGAACUUACGAGGACUGUUACGCGGUUCGGAUGAUAUUCAGGGGAUUUAGGGUUUGGGUGGAUGAGCGAGACAUAUCGAUGGAUUCAGCGUACAGAAAAGAAUUACAGAGCGUUCUGGGAGAUAAGAACGUGGGCUUGCCUCAGAUAUUCAUAAGGGGAAGCUACGUGGGAGGUGCUGAGGUGAUCAAGCAGCUUUUCGAAACCGGCGAAUUGGCGAAAAUUCUCGAAGGGUUUCCGGUCCGGGCACCGGGUUAUAGGUGUGACAGUUGUGGAGAUGUAAGGUUCGUGCCGUGCCUGAAUUGCAGUGGGAGUAGGAAAGUGUUUGAUGAGGAUGAAGAAGUGCUUAAAAGAUGUUUGGAGUGCAAUGAGAACGGAUUGAUUCGAUGUCCUGAUUGCGGUUCUUGAGCAAACUUUGGCAUUGAAAUUCUACUCUGGUGCGUCUUUUAAAUGCUCCUUUGUUGAUAGAAGAAUUACAUUAAUUUGUUGUGAAGUACUAUAUAAGAUUACCAUAUGUUAUGGCUUGAGUUUGGGUUCCAAAUAUCUCUUUGGAGGGUUUGUUUGGUCUUCUUUUCUUGAAUGUUCAUUGGUUUCGGGGAUUGAUGUUCAUUCACUUGUUAAACAGCAUUUGAGUAACAAUGUAUGUUAUAAAAAAAAUGCCUACUUUGGGUUUGUUGGUUGUGUUGAACACUGACGAGAGUGUUUCUCCUCUAUGAUAGUGUGUAAAUAUUUUAGUGUUGUAAUUAUUGCAAGGAUUUGCAGUAUUGCAGGCCAUAAAUUGUAAUGAGAUUGGAUUUAUUUAUAUAAAAAACCUAAAUUCCAAGAAUUGGAUUUGAUUGGUA